CCUUAUCUAUUAUAUUAACAUCACCUUAUCUCAAGGUUACGCAGUUGACAGACCUAAGGACCAUUUUGGCCUUUGACCUUUCAACAGUCGACAGCUCGUCAAUAGAAGAUUUCGAUACUCGGGCGACUAUUACGUAUACGUAGUGUCCUUCGUUUGGUUUUGAAGUGUACUUAAGUUGUGUCGUAUAUAGCAACUGUCUGAGAAUGGAGAAUUAAUACCGAUGCUUAGAAAAAUGGCGGGAGUCCUUGUGAGAAAUUUGACCCGCAGAAUUUAAUUCAGGUAUGGAUGGUACACAAACAUUCCAGGUGUUCCAACACCUGUCUGCCUACCUGUCACCUGCCGGCACCUGGGUGCACCUGGUGGGGUUCACCUGUCUCGCUGUGCUUGUUGUUCACCUGUUGGCGAGACUGGUGCAGUUUGUUUCCUGGCAAGUAAAGAUGAGGAACACCCUGAAGCAGUUCACAACGCCGCCCAAACAUUGGCUGUUUGGUCAUUUGAGGGCUGUGCCUCCAAACGAGCAAGGUUUCCAGACCAUGUUGGAAUGGAUGAAGACAUACAGUGCCUACUUCUGGCCUUUCUGGGUGGGUCCAUUUCUAGUGGCCAACCAGUGCACCCACCCAGAGACUAUCAGGACUAUACUGGGUACAGCAGAGCCAAAAAGCUUGACGUACAGGUUCUUUGAACCAUGGCUUGGGGAUGGCCUGCUCAUCAGUGAAGGCAGUAAGUGGCACAGGAACCGCCGACUGCUGACUCCAGCCUUCCACUUCGAGAUCCUCAAGCCCUACGUCACACUGUUCUCACAGUCCACAAACGUGCUGAUUGACAAGUGGAGCAGAGUUGCUGCGGGCUCCUCCGUGGAACUGUUUGAUCACGUGAGCCUGCUGACGUUGGACAGCAUGCUGAAGUGCAGCCUUGGUUACCGUAGCGACUGUCAAACUGACGGACAGUCAGCUCCUUACAUCAGAGCUGUGUUUGAGCUGUCCCGCCUCAUCGUUGAGCGUGUGCGAUUCUUUCCGUACCACUUUGACUUCAUCUACUAUCUGACUUCCAGUGGACGGAGGUUCCGCCAACAGUGCGACAUCGUGCACGGAGUCUCCGAACACCUCAUCCGGCAGCGGAAGAAGGCUCUUCAAGAUGGAGACACGAAGGAGGGAAAAAGCAAGAAAUAUCUGGAUUUUCUUGACAUCCUUCUUCAAGCCAAGGAUGAGGACGGCACAGGCCUGACGGACGCGGAGAUCCGAGACGAGGUGGACACGUUCCUGUUCGAGGGUCACGACACCACGGCCAGCGGGAUCUCCUGGGCCCUGUACCACCUGGCCAAACACCCGGAGUACCAGGACAGGUGCAGGAGGGAGGCGGAGGGGCUGCUGCAGGGACGCACGGAGAUGACGUGGGAGGACAUGAGUAAACUCCCCUUCAUCACCAUGUGCAUCAAGGAAAGCCUGAGGAUCAGACCCCCGGUCCCAGCUGUUUCCAGACAUCUCACCAAGACACUGACUUUCACAGACGGGAAAACCAUUCCUGAAGGAUCACUUAUAACUGCAGGGAUCAUAUCCACACAUCACAACUACCUGAUCUGGCCAAACCCUGAGGUCUAUGAUCCCCUGCGCUUUUCUCCAGAAAGGUCAAAAGACAGACAUCACCAUGCUUUUGUCCCCUUCUCUGCAGGACCGAGAAACUGCAUUGGCCAGAAUUUUGCCAUGAACGAGAUGAAAGUGGCGGUGGCGUUGAUCCUCCAGCGUUUCCACCUGGAGCUGGAUGAGACCAAACCUUCUCCGUUCUUCCUGCAGCAGCUCAUCCUGAGGGCAAAGGACGGGAUCUGGGUCAAACUUACUCCCAAUAACUGAUGGGAUCUGGAUCAAACUUACACCCAAUAACUGAAGGGAUCUGGGUCAAACUUACACCCAAUAACUGACGGGAUCUGGAUCAAACUUACACCCAAUAACUGAAGGGAUCUGGGUCAAACUUACACCUAAUAACUGACGGGAUCUGGGUCAAACUUACACCCAAUAACUGAAGGGAUCUGGAUCAAACUUACACCCAAUAACUGAAGGGAUCUGGGUCAAACUUACACCUAAUAACUGACGGGAUCUGGAUCAAACUUACACCCAAUAACUGAAGGGAUCUGGAUCAAACUUACACCCAAUAACUGAAGGGAUCUGGGUCAAACUUACACCCAAUAACUGAAGGGAUCUGGGUCAAACUUACACCUAAUAACUGAAGGGAUCUGGAUCAAACUUACACCCAAUAACUGAAGGGAUCUGGGUCAAACUUACACCUAAUAACUGACGGGAUCUGGAUCAAACUUACACCCAAUAACUGAAGGGAUCUGGGUCAAACUUACACCCAAUAACUGAAGGGAUCUGGGUCAAACUUACACCUAAUAACUGACGGGAUUUGGGUCAAACUUACACCUAAUAACUGACGGGAUCUGGAUCGAACUUACACCCCAAAACUGAAGGGAUUUGGAUCAAACUUACACCCCAAAACUGAAGGGAUCUGGAUCAAACUUACACCCAAUAACUGAAGGGAUCUGGGUCAAACUUACACCCAAUAACUGAAGGGAUCUGGGUCAAACUUACACCCAAUAACUGAAGGGAUCUGGGUCAAACUUACACCUAAUAACUGAAGGGAUCUGGAUCAAACUUACACCCAAUAACUGAAGGGAUCUGGGUCAAACUUACACCUAAUAACUGACGGGAUCUGGAUCAAACUUACACCCAAUAACUGAAGGGAUCUGGGUCAAACUUACACCCAAUAACUGAAGGGAUCUGGGUCAAACUUACACCUAAUAACUGACGGGAUCUGGGUCAAACUUACACCUAAUAACUGACAGGAUCUGGAUCGAACUUACACCCCAAAACUGAAGGGAUUUGGAUCAAACUUACACCCCAAAACUGAAGGGAUCUGGAUCAAACUUACACCCAAUAACUGAAGGGAUCUGGGUCAAACUUACACCCUAUAACUGAAGGGAUCUGGGUCAAACUUACACCUAAUGACUUACUUAACGGAAUAAUCUAGAUCCACCUUACACCCAACAACUACAGGAAUCUGGACCUAGCUUACAAUCAAUAAGUAAAGAGGUCCUAAUCAAACGUACACCCACUAUAAUUGCACUAAGGACUUUGGAUCCAGCUUAUAGCCAAUAAGGCACCUAGAACCACCUUACAGCUAAUAACUAUAUAUAUGGGAUCAAGAUCUACAUCUAGAUUACAUCCAACAACUAAAGACACCUGUAUCAAGCUAAAACUAUUUUUUACUUGAGCCAGUACUAUUAAAAGCAUUGCUGUUCUCAAUGCUUCUUUUACCAGUCAGAUAUCCCUCAUAUAUUGAACUCAUUGAUCUAUCCCACAUUAAGCAGACUCUAAAUGUUCAACUUCUUUAAAAGAUAAAAGGAAUAGUCCACUCAUGUUCCAACAUGAAAUAUUUUUUUUCUUUAUUUAGCAUGGCACACAGGUAUCUUGUUCACAUGUAGCUGCUAUACUGUCACAGUGACAAAACAGUAAUGUACACAUGAAGCGUUAUUUAUUUUAGCGUGCCACAAUAUAGCUUGCCUUCACAGGCUCACAUUUUGUUUGUAUCACAUGCAUUUGAUUCAAAUAGGGAAGGUUUUUAAUUAUGAUAUGUAGAUUUUGUAACUUUGAUUGAUAGGAAAACUAUAGUACUAACAAUCUGGUGAUUAUAAGGAGUGUAACUUCUCCACUCUUACUGAUGGGGAAUUUGGUGCACAAAAAUAAGACUAAUAAAGUCAUGAAAGUUUGAA